AACUUUGAAGAGAAAAUGGGGAAGAGAAGGAGACCAAGAAAUGAUGAAGCACAAAAAGGUUCAAGUGUUGAAGGAGCCACCCCUUUUCAAGAAUCUCAACAGCAAGAAGCAGUGGCUUCUAGAAGGAGUGGAAGAGUGUUGAGGAUGAAACAAGAACCCCAACAAGCUCUUCUAUUGCCACCUCCAGGUUUUUCACCAUCGGAUGCUUCACCUUCCCAUCCCAGGUAUCAAACUCGCAAGUCUUUGAGGGCAAUCCUUGGUCGGUGUGAGUCUAUUACUACAACACCAAGGUCUCCAAUUCGACAUGUUAAGGCGUCAUAUCCUUCAUGUGCUACUUCUGACUUACCUGCUCAUCUUACUACUGGAAUUUCUAAAGCAAUAAAAGAAACGCUUGAUGACUUUGUGCCCGCAGAACUUGAACAUCAAUCUAUUUUAAUGAACUGUGGUGUCUUGGGUGUGGAAAAUCAGAAACAAGGGCAACACGCUCAAACACCACCUUUGCCUGAAGUUGUAGUUGAGAACAAUGCAACAGUUAGUAAGGCUGAUGUGGUGUUAAAUGCUAAAGCCACAGAAGCGGAAACCAGAAGUAACCAGAGUGGUGUGCUUCCAACAAAAUCCAUGAGUCUUAAUCUCACAAGGAUAGCUGCACUAAUGAAUGAUUAUCCUUCUGAUGCUGAUGAGGUUGAAUCAAGACCUGGUCACAUGUCAGUCAUGGUGGAUAAGUAUAGAGUUAAGGAGGAAGCAGUACCUGUCCUCCAGAAGAUCUUCCUUAAAUAUGGAGAUAUUGCAAUGAAUAGCUCUUUCUCUUCUGUGAAUUUCUCUUCAUCACUCUUGGAGUUUGUUUGCGACAUCUGUAAGAAAUUGGAGGAAACAGAUUUCUUAAGUAUAACUUCCAAGGAGAUUCAGUCCAUGCUUGCUGAAGCUAGAGAUCUUGAGGCUGCCAAAAUAGAUGUUGGGUGGCUCAGUCGAAGGUUAAAUGAUAUCUCUCAGGCCAAGCAACUUCUACAGGACAGCUGCAAACUGAAGGAGACAAAAACCAGGAACCUUGUAGUGAUGGAGACAAACAAGAAAGAACUGGAAGAAUUGAAGGAAGAGUUGGCUGCUUGCAUUGCAACAUGCCGCGUUUUGCAACAAAGAAUCCACAAUAAAGAGGAUGAGUUUGGCAUUGCACGUUCUGAGAACGAAAAAAUCACGCAGAACUUUGCAGCUUUGAAGUCCAAGGUGAACAGUUUCCUGAAGAAGUCCUUGGUCCAUGACCUUCUCUGAGCAGCCUGGCGUUUGUAGUUGUUCUGUCCUGGAUAGGACCAUAUGAAUGAUCUUUUUCACUAAUUUUUAAUCCCUAACUAGUUCUGUUAUCCCAUAAUAUACAAAUUGUUAUGUUCAACCAUUGAGUCAUUGGCCCCUAACUGCAUAUGAGUUG